AUGGUGAAAACCUCAAACUGCUUACAGGUGGUCAAGUGGCCGCGGAAAGGCGCCCCGGCGGCCGGGGCCGCUCGCUCGGCGGAGGCGGGGAAGAGCGGCCAGCGCAGCGACCUCUUCGAGGCGCUCAGCGCGGGCCGGAGCGCCGUGCAGUCCGUAGUUGACGACUGGCUUGAGAGCUACAUGAAAGACAGGGAGGCUGGUUUUCUGGAGCUCUUCAACUUCCUUGUGUGCUCCUGUGGCUGCAAGGGUACAGUAACGCUGGAGAUGCUCAGAGGUCUCCAGAACUCAGAGAUCAUCCAGCAGUUGACAGUAUCCUUUCAGGAGGACUCUGCUGAAUAUCCACUGUCACUGAAUACCCCAGUUUGGCGACGGUUCCGAGUGGGCUUCUGUGAGUUGAUGGUGGUUCUUGUGCAGCGCACUCAGCAUGGUGUUAUCUAUGAUGAAUAUUUGAUGGACAGCCUUAUUGCCCUGCUGACUGGCAUGUCUGACUCCCAAGUGCGCGCAUUUCGUCACACCAGCACCUUGGCAGCUAUGAAGCUGAUGACAGGCUUGGUGCAUGUGGCCCUCAGUGUCAGCUUGCAGAAGGAUAACAGUCAGCGGCAGUAUGAGGCUGAGCAGGCCAAGGGGUUGAGCCGUCGGGCCCCAGGGAAGCUGGAAGGGCUACUGGAGCAACGCAAGGAGUUUCAGGCGCAGCAGGAAGAGCUUGAGAAUUUGAUGAAUGCGGUCUUCAAGGGAGUCUUUGUUCAUCGCUAUCGGGAUCUUAUACCAGAGAUCCGUGCUAUUUGCAUUGAAGAGAUGGGCCAGUGGAUGCAGCAUUACAGCGCCUCCUUCCUGACCGAUGGGUAUCUCAAAUACAUUGGCUGGACACUGUAUGAUAAGCACGCAGAGGUCCGUCUCAAGUGCUUGCUUGCACUGCAAGGGUUGUAUGGGAGCCAGGAGCGGGCAGCCCGAAUGGAACUCUUCACCAGCCGCUUCAAGGAGCGGAUGGUGUCCAUGGUGUUGGACAAGGAGCUCCCUGUGGCAGUGGAGGCGGUCAGGCUGCUCACCCUCAUCCUUCAGAACAUGGAUGAGGUGCUCACAGACUCUGACUGUGAAAGUGUCUUUCCGCUUGUGUAUGCGUCCAGUCGUCCUUUAGCAGCUGCUGCAGGUGAAUUCUUAUUCAGGAGGCUGCUAGCGCCUGCGGUGUGUACCAGUGGGGCACCUGGAGAGCGCCGUGAGGACACCCGAGCCUUCCUUCAGUUGCUUCUAACCUUUUUCAUUGACAGCAAGUUCCAUGACCAUGCAGUCUAUUUGGUUGAUAGUCUGUGGGACUGUGCGGCUGCUCCGCUGAAGGACUGGCAGGCACUGACUGGGCUGCUGCUGGAGGAGCCUCCUGUUGAGGGCUUGGGUGACCGCCAGGAGAGCAGCCUCAUCAUGAUCUUGGUGGCCAGCGUGCGGCAGGCCACCGAGGGACAUCCCCCCAUUGGGAGAAUCUCUGGAAAGAAGGUGUUUUCUGCUAGAGAGCGCAAAGCGCAGGCUGAGGACCGCCUUAAACUUACCCGGCACCUUAUCCCACUGCUACCCCAGCUCCUGGCUAAGUUUUCAGCUGAUGCUGAGAAAGUGGUGCCUCUGCUAGAGGUGCCACGGUACUUUGACCUAACCCUGUACAGCAGAGGCCGUCUGGAGAAGUACUUGGAACUGCUGCUGGCCCAGCUGUGGGAGGUUGUGGAAAAGCACACCAACUGUGAGGUGCUGGAGUCGGCGUCGCGGAUGCUCCAGGUGCUCUGCUGUCCAGAAUUUGCAUUUUACACCCGUGCUGAUUUUGCUCGCAGUCGCCUGCUGGACCACCUGGCAGACAAGUUUCAGCAUGAGGCUAGUGACCUGCUUCAGUCCUCAUUUCUGGAGAAGGAAGAUGUGUACAGUGUGGCUGCCACUCUGAAGCGUAUUGCCAUCUUUCACAGUGCUCAUGAUCUCACUCCAUGGCAGUUCUUUGAGCCCUGCACCCGUCUUUUGCAGCACAGGGUGGACACAGGCGAGGUCCCCAAGCAGGUGGUUAUCUCGGCAAUGACCUGCUCUCACUUCUCACUGCUAUGGGAACUUGCCCACCUCUCAGAUGCUUCCACUGGGCCCCUUUCCAGCCAGGAGCCCUUGCUUAGUCUGAAGGAGAAAAUGACAUCUUUCUGCUCAUUGUGUCAAAGCUGCCUAAUGGAUGUAGACCCCAGUGUCCAGGAGCAGGCCUUUAAGCUGCUGAGUGAUCUGCUCCUGAUCUUUGGUCCACAGCUGACCCGGGGAGGACGUGACCACAUGCUGGAGGAGCUGGUUUACCGGGCAGAAUCUGCUCUGCAGUCGCAGCUUGCCGGCUUCCUCGUGGACCGUGUCUUCAGUCACAGUGAGACUCCAGGUGAUCCUCGGGUAGGAGUUGCAAAGGACGAGGAGGACGAGGAACUCCAGAUCGAGCAGCUGCACCAGCGCCGCACUCUGCUGGCGGGCUUCUGCAAACUGAUUGUCUACCGAGUCCUGGAGCUGAGCGCAGCCUCAGAUGUUUUCAAGUAUUACUCCAAGUUCUACAAUGAUUAUGGAGACAUCAUCAAGGAGACCCUGAAUCGAGUUCGCCAGAUUGACCGGACCGAGUGGGCUCACACUCUGCUCCUCAGUCUGCAGCAGCUGCUCGCUCAGCUGUUUCUGGAGCAGGGACCAGGAGGCGUUCACUCUGCUGCCUUCUUGGAGAUCCGGGACUUAGCAAGGCGUUUCUCUCUGCUCUUUGGGCUGCAUCAGCUACAGAAUCGCCCGGCCCUUGUUGCCCUGCACAAGAGUGGGAUAAAGUUUGCCUUCCAAGAGCCAGCGUCCCCCAACUCCAAGCUGGGCCUUGUCAAUCUGCCGUUUCUGGAGCUGCUGAGUGAGUUCUCCCCGAGGCUGCUCCCGCCUGACAAAGCCCUGCUCCUGGUCUACUUAAAGAAGAUAAGUGAAGCUUUCCUUUCCUCUGGGCACGGAGAGGAUUCCCACUGGGUCUCAUUUCAGGCAUAUCAGCGUUCCCUGAGCCCUCUGGAAGAUGCACCCCUGCAGCCAGAUGCAGCAGAGAUGAGGAGACCUGCAGCAUCUGCCAAGAGGAGGCGUCUGGAUGGACGUGGUGGCGACGCCAGCCUCCCCUCCAGCAGCCGCCCACAGACCCCCCUGCUGACUUCGACCACCCUGCGAGGCAAACGCCAACCAGUGGAAUUUUUGCCAGGACAGGAAGACUCCGGCUCCGAAUUGGAGCUUGUGCAAAGGGCCCUCGAGUUCUACAAGGGCCAGACCAAACCACUCCGAUGUUCCAUCCGCCUCCUCGUCCGCUAUGGCGGCCAGAACAGGGGAGCCCACGUCUACCCAGAGAAGUUCCAAAUGGGUGUCCAGCACCAUCUCCCUGGCCUACGAGACGGCAAGUCCACUCCACUGACCUUCGUUUGGCGCUACCAGCUGGACGUCCACGCCAGGCGAGACUGUGCCUUCAGCAGUGCAGGCGGUUCUGCGGUCCUCGUGAUGACAGCCCCUCCACCGAAAUGGGAACUAGCAGGCAGGGCGAAAGCCUUGCGCUUUGUGGAGGAGCCACCUUCACCUCCCAGCCUGGCUGUGCCCGGAGCCCACACAGUAGCGGGGCUGCUGCCGCAAGGACCUGGGCCAUACCUGAUGGAAGCUGGAGUGGUGGUGACAGAGCCAGAGACCAGCAAGGAUGAGGAUGUUGUCUUUGACUCUGCUAAGGUAACAACCGAGGCGCAAAGAAGCCACCGUUAG